AUGACGGAUGAUACUGUGAGAGAACCUGCAUCGGAGGAAACACCUCUGUUGCGGUCCGAUGGGGACGCCCCGCUCCCAGAAGAAGCCAGCACCAAAGAGCUGAUUUGGAUUCUGGGAAGCAUCUGGCUGGGUGUCUUCCUAGCUGCCCUUGACACGACUAUCGUCGCCACCCUCUCCGCACCCAUCUCCUCCUCCUUCAAUUCCUUCUCGCUGCUCUCCUGGCUCGCAACCUCCUACCUCAUCUCCAAUGCCGCCUGCCAACCCCUCAGCGGCCGACUCACAGAUAUCUACUCCCGUCGCUGGGGAUUGGUCUUCUCCAACGUCUUCUUCGCAAUUGGAAAUUUGAUCUGUGGUCUUGCAAGGGCUCAAUGGGUCAUCAUCCUGGGUCGCGUUGUGGCAGGUAUCGGCGGAGGAGGUCUGACCGCGAUCUCGACCUUUGUCACCUCAGACCUGGUCCCUCUGCGCAAGCGCGGUAUCUGGCAAGGCAUUGGAAACAUUUGCUAUGGUGCCGGCAUGGGCCUUGGGGGUGUCUUUGGUGGGUGGAUCAAUGACACUUUGGGUUGGAGAUGGGCAUUUUUGCUCCAGGUUCCGUUCCUUAUGGUCUCAUGCGUGCUGGUUGCUGUCAAGGUCAAGAUUCCAGUGAAAGAAUCGGAUACGGCGCGUAUCAAGCGUGUGGAUUUCCUUGGUGCUAUCACUUUAGUUCUCACACUGGUUACUCUGCUGCUUGGUCUUAAUACUGGCGGAAACCAAGUUCCCUGGUCUCAUCCCUUGGUCCUGGCAUCGUUGGUCAUGUCUGCCGUUUUCCUGGGUGUUUUCAUCUACGUGGAGGCGAAGGUCGCGUCGGAGCCCGUCAUUCCCGUGCGCCUUCUGCUGGACCGCACUGUUGCUGCUGCCUGUCUUACCAAUUGGUUCACCACCAUGGCUGUCUUUGGUCUUUUGUUCUACCUGCCCGUCUACUUCCAGGUGCAAGGUCUGUCGGCCACCGCUGCUGGAGCGCGGUUGAUCCCACAGGCCAUCGGCACCUCGGUCGGGUCUUUGGGCUCGGGUAUGAUCAUGCGUGCUAGUGGCCGGUACAAACUGCUCAACUAUGUUGCCAUGGGCCUGCAGGUUUUAUCAGCCUCACUUAUCUGCACGCUGAACCUGACCACCCCCGUCGAGCUUCCCUUCCUCUACUUCUUCCUUGGCGGUGCCUCCUACGGCAGCAUGCUGACCAUCACACUGGUGGCAUUGAUCUCUGCCGUGGACCACCAACACCACGCAGUGGUGACAUCUGCCUCUUAUGCUUUCCGCAGCACCGGAAGCACUAUUGGUAUCACCAUUGCCUCUGCGGUCUUCCAAAAUACACUCAAGCUAGGCCUAUAUGGUCGCUUUGGUGACGGUGAGACCGCCAAGGAGGUGAUUGGGCGUCUCCGCGAUAGCUUGGAUGAGAUCUGGAAGGUCCCUGCUGAUUGGACACCGGGUGUACUUGAUGCGUAUAUGGACUCCCUGCGUGCAGUGUUCAUCACUCUGCUGGGCCUUACUGUUCUAGGUGCGUUGUCUAGUCUUGCCAUGAGGGAGCACAAGCUGCACAACAACCUAGCGAGACGCUAG